AUGCACUUCCAAUCACGCGCCUCCACCACCACCGCUCACGAACUUUUCUUCCAUGAAGACGGCGCCGUGAACAUCACCUCGGAAGAGGAGAUGCAACGGAGCAUGGACCUCUUCUCUGCCGCCUGUGAGAACUUCGGUCUGGUCAUCAACACGCAGAAGACGGUGGUCCUACAUCAACCGCCACCCAACACAGCCACUCUUCCCAACGCGCCGCAAAUCAGUGUGAACGGAACCCAGCUACAAGUGGUUGAGAACUUUCCGUACCUGGGCAGCACCCUCUCCCUUGACACCAAAAUCGAUGACGAAGUCGCUCGCAGGAUCUCGAAAGCCAGUCAAGCCUUCGGUCGCCCCCAAAGCACAGUUUGGAAUAGUCAUGGUCACACACUGAGCACGAAGCUGAAGAUGUACAAGACCGACAUCCUGCCGACGCUGUUGUACGGAGCGGAGACUUGGACAGUGUACAAAAAACAGGCACGUCGACUGAACUAUUUUCAUCUCAGUUGUCUCCGUUGCAUCCCGAGGCUGAACUGGCAGGAUCGAAUCCCCGACACUGAUGUGCUGGAACGGGCGGGAAUCCUCAGCAUCAACACCAUGCUGAGACAAAGGCAGCUGCGCUGGAGCGGCCACCUGGUGCGUAUGGACGACGAGUGA